AAAGGGUGAAAUAUCAGAAGAACUUAAAAGGGUGAUCGAAAAUGGCAGAAGAACCAAUUCUCUCUAGAAUUGAACGCCUUGACAACGUUCUGAAACAACUGGAAGGCACGGAAGCAUGUGGCGGCGGGUACGAGAAUAACAUUCAGUCGCCGAAGAGCUCCACCGUAUCCUCAACGGCGUCAAGCGUGGCGGAGCAAGGGUGGUCAUCGUCUCUGGACAACUAUUACUCUCCCAGAAGAAUAAGCCUGGAGAAGCAGUGCCGCCCCAUCGAGGAGGUGGUGACGGAGGCGGAGCUCAAAGGCACCAUCAUCCAACGCCUAGUCAACGUCGAGGACCGCCUCAGGGAACUCUGCAUGCAUCACCAUCAUCAUUUCGGAGAAACCCCCAAAAUCAUUUGCCGGAUGGUACCGGCGGCAGCCGCCACUUCAGCGGCUGAGACAAAGGGCGGUGGUGGUUUCAAGAAGUCUCAGCAGGUGCCCAAGAAAGGCGGUUUCAAGAGCUUUGUCAAGUCUUGUAUGAAAACAACGGGAAAAGGGGAUCACAACGCGAUCAGUACUUGAAUUAUUAGCAUUCACUCUGCACUUAAUGGUAGAUAUGACAUUAGUUUUUGGGCAGUUUGUGUCUUUUAUGAAAAGAAAAUAUUUAGAGAUGAUAAACUCUGGAUCAUUAAUUAAUGGGAGAAUAAGACUAAAACAUUGAAAAUGUAUCAAAAUAAGACUUCCAUGUUUUU